AGGUGGCGCUGCUGCACUGUGGUGACAGUGUAAAGAACAAGUAAAGUGAAAACGAAGAAAGGCACCAGACGACAAUGGGUCAAAGUCAGAGUGGAGGUCAGGGACCCGGUGGGGGAAAGAAAGAUGACAAGGAUAAGAAGAAGAAAUAUGAACCCCCUAUUCCCACCAGAGUUGGGAAAAAGAAGAAGAAAGUAAAGGGGCCAGAUGCUGCUAGCAAACUCCCGCUGGUUACGCCACACACACAAUGCCGACUGAAACUCCUGAAACAGGAGAGAAUUAAAGACUAUCUGUUGAUGGAGGAGGAGUUCAUCAGGAAUCAGGAGCAGAUGAAACCUUUGGAGGAGAAACAAGAGGAAGAGAGAUCUAAAGUAGAUGACCUGAGGGGGACGCCAAUGUCUGUGGGAACUCUGGAGGAGAUUAUUGAUGAUAAUCAUGCCAUUGUGUCGACCUCAGUGGGUUCUGAACAUUAUGUCAGUAUUCUCUCAUUUGUGGACAAGGAUCUUCUGGAGCCUGGCUGUUCAGUGUUGCUAAACCACAAGGUUCAUGCAGUGAUCGGGGUGCUGAUGGAUGACACAGAUCCGCUAGUGACAGUGAUGAAAGUAGAAAAAGCCCCACAGGAGACGUAUGCAGACAUCGGAGGACUGGACAACCAGAUUCAAGAGAUCAAGGAGUCUGUGGAGCUUCCGCUGACACAUCCGGAGUAUUAUGAAGAAAUGGGAAUAAAGCCCCCAAAAGGGGUGAUUCUCUAUGGCGCACCUGGGACAGGUAAGACCCUUCUGGCAAAGGCAGUGGCUAACCAGACCUCCGCCACCUUCCUGAGGGUCGUGGGCUCCGAGCUUAUUCAGAAGUAUCUGGGCGAUGGUCCCAAACUGGUGCGAGAACUCUUCAGAGUUGCUGAGGAACACGCACCAUCCAUCGUCUUCAUUGAUGAGAUCGAUGCUAUAGGGACAAAGAGGUACGAUUCUAAUUCAGGUGGGGAGCGGGAGAUCCAGAGAACUAUGUUGGAGCUGCUGAACCAGUUGGAUGGAUUCGACUCUCGUGGAGACGUCAAAGUCAUCAUGGCGACUAAUAGGAUAGAGACCCUCGAUCCAGCCCUCAUUAGACCAGGCAGAAUUGAUCGUAAGAUAGAGUUCCCACUGCCAGACGAAAAGACCAAGCGCAGAAUCUUCCAGAUCCACACCAGCAGGAUGACGGUGGCGGAUGACGUGACCUUGGAUGACCUCAUCCUAGCGAAAGAGGACCUGUCUGGAGCCGACAUUAAGGCUAUUUGCACCGAGGCAGGUCUGAUGGCUCUGAGGGAACGACGCAUGAAAGUCACAAAUGAAGACUUUAAGAAGUCUAAAGAAAACGUUCUCUACAAGAAGCAGGAGGGGACGCCAGAAGGCCUCUACCUUUAACCUGUCACUAGUCAAGUUCCACUCUUCACCAUUUGUUUUGUCUAUAUUAACACUUUCUCCUGAUGUUACACUCUGGUCAUUUGAGCUUGAUGGCAAUUAAACAUUUCUUAAAUGCG